GGGAAACAAAUGAAGUAAAGAGAGAGAGAGGUUCGGUUUUGUGUGUUCCCACCGGAAAAAAAAAACCCGAAGGUUUGACGAUGAACCCGAAUCUAAUAACCCGUAACCCAAUUCGGAUCCUGGAUCAACCGGUUCACCACUCUCUCCUCUAUCUCCGAGCUGUCUUCCUCUUCAUCCCGACUUAAAAGAUCCGUACUUUUUUUUUUUUAACUUUCAGACCAAACUGAAAGUAAAAACAUACUUGUCUUUUUUUCCUUGUUCUGUCGCAAAAUGCCGCUGUCUCCAUCCAUUUUAUCGGUUUUGUCGGAAGAUCUUCUCGUUCGCGUCUACGGGUUCCUAGACCCGCCCUGUCGGAAAAAAUGGCGACUCGUCAGCAAAGAGUUUCACCGAGUCGACUCACUGAGCCGCACAUCGAUCCGAAUCCUCCGAGUCGAGUUCCUCCCCGCGCUUCUCUCCAACUACCCGAACCUCUCCUCCCUCGACCUCUCCGUCUGCCCCAAACUCGACGACGACGUCGUUCUGCGCCUAGCGUCCCACGGCGCCGUUUCGAUAAAGUCGCUGAACCUGAGCCGCGCCACCGCGCUCCGAGCCAGGGGACUGGAGACGCUGGCUCGCUUGUGCCGAGGCCUCGAGCGAGUCGACGUGUCUCACUGCUGGGGGUUCGGAGAUAGGGAAGCGGCGGCGCUUUCCGUCGCGGCGGGGCUGAGGGAGGUGAGGAUGGACAAGUGCUUGAGCCUAAGCGACGUCGGAUUGGCGAGGAUCGUCCUCGGAUGUAGUAAUCUGAGCAAGAUUAGUUUGAAGUGGUGUAUGGAGAUCUCUGAUCUUGGGAUCGAUCUUCUCUGUAAGAAAUGCAAAGACUUGAGAUCUCUCGACGUCUCCUAUCUUAAGAUCACGAAUGAUUCGAUCCGGUCCAUAGCUUUACUGCCAAAGCUCGAGGUUUUAGAGAUGGUGAACUGUCCGUUGGUAGAUGAUGAUGGGUUACAGUAUCUUGAGAAUGGUUGUCCUUCAUUACAGGAGAUUGAUGUCACAAGGUGUGAGCGUGUGAGUUUGUCUGGCGUUGUCUCCAUUGUCAGAGGCCAUCCUGAUCUUCAACACCUGAAAGCCAGUCACUGUGUAUCGGAAGUAUCUCUGAGCUUCUUACAUAACAUCAAAGCUUUGAAGCAUCUCAAGACACUAUGGAUCGAUGGAGCUCGUGUCUCUGACUCCUCUCUCUUAACCUUAAGCUCUAGCUGUAGAUCCUUAACAGAUAUCGGAGUGAGCAAAUGUGUGGGUGUGACGGAUAUUGGAGUGGUGGGACUUGCACGCAACUGCAUAAACCUGAAAACCCUAAACCUAGCGUGCUGCGGGUUUGUGACUGAUGCAGCCAUAUCUGCGGUAGCUCAGUCUUGCCGCAAUCUGGAGACUCUUAAGUUAGAGUCUUGUCAUAUGAUAACCGAGAAAGGUCUUCAAUCUCUCGGAUGUUACUCCAAGGAUCUUCAAGAACUCGAUCUUACCGACUGUUAUGGCGUCAAUGACAGAGGGCUAGAAUAUAUCUCAAAGUGUUCGAAUCUCCUAAGAUUGAAACUUGGCCUCUGCACAAAUAUCUCAGACAAAGGGAUGUUUCAUAUCGGUUCCAAAUGUUCCAAGCUUCUAGAACUUGAUCUAUACCGUUGUGGUGGUUUUGGAGAUGACGGUUUAGCAGCUAUAUCACGAGGUUGCAAGAGCUUGAACCGGCUCAUUAUAUCGUACUGCGGUGAGCUAACAGACGCAGGGGUUGAACAAACCCGUCAGCUAGAACAUCUAAGUCACCUUGAACUUCGAGGGCUAAAGAAUAUAACCGGUGCUGGUCUAGCUGCAGUUGCGUGCGGCUGCAAGAAAUUGGAUUACUUGGACCUCAAGAAGUGCGAGAACAUCGAUGACUCAGGCUUCUGGGCGCUUGCUUACUUCGCAAGAAACCUAAGACAGAUAAACUUGUGCUAUUGCUCGGUUUCUGAUACGGCUCUAUGCAUGUUAAUGAGCAAUCUGAGUCGGGUUCAAGACGUUGACUUAGUCAACCUGAACCGUGUGACUGUGGAAGGGUCUGAGUUUGCUCUAAGAGCCUGUUGCAAUAGGCUCAAGAAGCUUAAACUUUUCGCUCCUCUCAGAUUCUUGCUCUCAUCUGAAUUGCUUGAGAUGCUUCAUGCUCGUGGUUGCCGCAUUAGAUGGGACUGAAAGACACAACUUUCUUCAAUGGAACUUUACUAGUAACACUUUAAUGUGUUCGUAUGUCUACUUGUUGUAUCUAUCAAAAAUUCUACUAUGUUUUUAAAUUCGGUUUACCAAUUAUAUGUCUACCGCUUUGGUCUUAUCUUCCAACAUAAACAAUAGUAGUUUUAUAAAACAAAAAUAUUAUUUUGGUAUUC